AUCUAGCUCUCCACCACCCCAGGCCUCCAAUACACAGGUAUACCAGCCGUCGCGAGCUUACUGUUUCGAUUUUGACGUUGGUACAGUCAUCAGUAACACGGUACCUCAUGUGAGACCUCGCAGGUGACUCGUACAACCGAAUCUCUUUGUUCCGAUCCAAGUGAAAAGGCCCACACGAUUCCGUCUCACGCACACAAACCACACCUGCGCAGUUUAAAACUCCGCGGGAGCCGGGGGUUGCUGGCAAGGUUAGUUUUAAGUCACACGUCACGAACCGAGAAGAGAAUUCAACACGGACCCGUAGAAGCGCUGUAUCGCACGGCAGACGUCAAGCCAAAUUGUCCGGGGAAUGCCUUCUCUUACAGUUUAGCAACACUGUAACUAAAGAGCAACUGGUUAAGUCACAUGGAAAAUUACCGAAAGGGGACGAAAUUGAAUGACAGGAAUCAUUUAUUAGAGCCACGAGUUCCUGGUGACUAGAUGAUGGGCCACUUUGAUGUCUCAAUGAAAGACCGCGUGCAUUUAACGGUCCUGUUCCUUGUCUUCAUCCCGGGAUCAUCAGUACUAGCUUGGGAAUUCAACACCCUCAAUGACACUGUGCCUUAUUUUGAGCAGUUUGGAUACAUUGCUCCAGUGGAAGACGGUCAGCUUCAAGACGCCGAAGUUCUUCUCGAUGCACUCCAUAGAUUCCAAGAUAUAUGCGGCGUCACAAGGACGGACGGUAAAAUGGACGAAGCAACCGCAGCGUGCUUCCAGCGGAAGCGAUGCGGUAACCGUGAUUUUGAGCCGGGCAGCCGGGGCAGUUCUGGACGCGGUCGCAAGCGCCGUUACUACAUCCCGACGGAGGCCGAGUCGUGGCAGCCAGAGUCCACUCACAUCACCUACGACAUUGUCAUGUACUCCGAUGACCUCCCGCCUAGCGUCAUCGAUGAUUCCAUCAAGCGUGCUUUUGAGGUGUGGUCCAACGCCACAGCGUUGUCCUUCGAGCGCAGACGAGGCGGCCAGGUGGAUAUUACUCUCUCGUUUUACCCCACCAUGGAGGAGCACGGCGACAACAUGCCGUUUGACGGGCCAGGCCGGAUUCUGGCCCACGCCUUCUGGCCGUGGAGUGAGGACCGUCUCAAAUCUGACGUGCAUUUAGAUGAGGCGGAGACUUGGACGGCUAGGUCCUACUCGGGGGCCAACUUAUGGCUGGUUGCCGCUCAUGAGAUUGGCCACUCGUUAGGCCUGGGUCACAGCGUCAUCUUCGGCAGUCUGAUGUUUCCAUUUCACUUCGGCUACGAUCCCGACUUCACAUUACACGAGGACGAUAUCAAUGGCAUACAGGCACUCUACGGUGACGUUGUACCGACGCAAGUCACAGAUGCCCCGGAUAUAUGCCGCGUGGUGAUGGACGCAGUAAUGGUGGACGGAUUUACAUACAUCUUUAAAGGUGAAUACUAUUGGAAGAUUUUCAACGGGCGACCAGAGCCCGGAUUUCCACGGAGGAUAUCAGAACGGUGGCCCGGAUUGGAAGGGAGCAUCGAUGCUGCACUCACCGUGAAAAAUGAAUACGUCUGGAUGCCACACACGGGCAAAACUUACUUCUUCAAAGACCGGCAUGUAUGGCGGUACACUCUGAGCAGCCUCGACGAGGGUUUCCCCAAGGACGCUGCCGAAGAAUUCCCAGGGUUUCCCUCGGACGUCCAGAAGAUCAAAGGCAUCUUCGAGAUCAGCGGGAACGGGGAGACCUACAUCUUCAUAGAUGGCGGCUUCUACGUGUACAGUUGGCUUGGUUUCCAAGGCCCCUAUACCCUACAGGUUUUCAGUGGCGUUCCUACCAACAUUGUUGGCGCAAUUCAGUGGACCGACAACUACAUCUAUUUCUUCACCGACGACUUCCUGUAUUACCAGUGCGGCCCCUGGAGCUUCACCGUCAGCCGCGGGUUCCCACAACACGCGCACGUGGACUGGAUUGGUUGCUCAAGCGACUCGGCCGAUAGCCUACGAUUGGCUGGGACGGCCGAGACGUUGCAACAUUCCGAGGGUCAGGAUUUAUUAACCGGAACUGGCUCAGAUCGGUCGUCAGCGCAGGCCACCAGCACCUGGACGUUUAGCAUGAUUGCUCUCAGUUCAAGUGUAAUAGCUUUGACAUGAGUCGGCGUUCCUGAUAGUGCAAUUGGCGUGGCACCACAGCCUAGGCAAUGCCAGCUAGUGGCAAGGGCCCAACUGCCUUGAUAGCACAGGGAUGUAUCUUAUGCUCAAGAAAUAUCUGUAUACCAGGCCUUGCCAUGGGCGUUGACAGGAUUGUUGGGGUUUUUUUGGGGGGGGGGGGCAAAGACUCCUUGGUAGCAAACUGAUAUAACUGUUAAUGGUUAACGGCGGAACGGGGCCAAUUUCAAGGUAUGUUGAAGCAAAUUGGUCAUUUUCGUCCCUUUCCUCCAUUUUUGGUUUCUCUCGCUUUUUCCCCAGCACCAUGCCUUCCUCCCCGCCUAGCCUACCUCAGGUCUCGCCCCUGUACCCUUCGUCUCAUUUUGAACGCCCCAAAAAAUGGCGAACCAGUUGAAAUAGGCACAGAGGCGAAGACAUAGCAUGAUUACUUUAGCAUCACCCAAAGCAUAUUUAGAGCCGUAUCUUAAUAGAUGUACUAAUUUCAUGAAAAGUUAUUAUUGGGGCGUGGUCGGCUGACGAGGCCGGUUAAUACAACAGGUGGAAUAUACACACUGUGCCAAGGACCUACGAAAAUUUGGAGACCAAUCAGGAAUUGGAAUUCCUAAGAAACAUUUGAAGACCUACAAAAGUUAUAGUGUACCACAAAAUACAUACACUCUUACGCAGAUAAAGAAAAAUGUUUCCUAAAAAGUUUAUUUUUUUUCUUCAGAAUUUUUGAUUUGGAGGAACUUUAAUCAUAGCUAGUUUCACAGCUUUCUAACAGUAUUGCUGACCAGCAAACUCAAAUUGAUGUUGGUAUACCAUAAAAACUCCACAUCCGGUCCUAACUGUAUACUGCAGACAUUAUAGGACAGACUAUCGUGGAGCAUCGGAUGAACGAAUCCGUUUCUAAAUUGGUAUCUCCGAGUAACACAUAGAGAAUAUUAGACUUCGACACUUACCGGUACAUUAGUACAGUAUAUGAAUGAUAACGUUCUUACUUGAACGUUGGCUUAAAUGCAAGUGGAAGGUUCGUACGAAAGCCUACUAAUGGCAUAUAAAAAAGUAAAGUAUGCAUUUUCUAAAACUGAAGUACCGGUGAAGUGUUUCAACUUCGUUUUUAUGAGAUUCUUUUCCGAAGUUAGAUCUUACCAAAUAGGUAAUUUGAAGUUCGUUUUUACGAGAUCGAUCUUUAGAUAUAUAUAUAAAAAAGGUUUUUGAGGAAUACAUUUUCAACUUGGUUUUAUAAUAUAUUUCUCAAGGUUAUUUGUGAAGAUACACUUUUUUCAAGUUUUGUUUUAGGAGACUUUCGUUUCGAGAUCUAAUUGUUAAAACAUUUUUAUGUAUGAAAUAUAUUUGUAAAGUUUAAUUUCAUGAGAAAUAUUUUGAGAUCGCACUGUGUUGUUUAAACGACCUCUCGCCUGAGAGCCAACGCCCUCAAUUCCCCAAACGCAUUUCGUAAACUUUACACAUUCAGAAAACAAGUCUGAAAAUUUAUAUUUUUCUUUUUCAAGGCAUACACCUCUUAAAACGACUUUCCACCCGAAUAGAAAUAAUUUCCACCCAAUUAAAAAUAAUGUCCCAAGAAUAAUUUUCGUUAAAACGACCUUGGGAAAUAUUAUCUCGUGAAAACUAACUUGAAAAAAAAAUCUGAUAAACUAAAAAAUGCAUUUGUACUUCACUUUUAAAAUGUGUAUUUCAUAGCAUUAUGGGAUUUGGUAUGGAAAAGUGUGAAUUGCACAUAGCCGCAUGAGACAGUUGACCACUAUGACUUGCCAACGAGGUUAGGAGGUUUUUUCAAAGCGGGUUUUUAUCUCGAGUGACUUUAAUAUAACAACUGUUGCGCUGCGAAUAACCUUUUUCACGUCUAUACUAAUGGUCUAAGGAAAGUCUAAACCCAAAUGUGGCGUCAUCAUAAAAUCUAGCCAAAGAUUAGAAUACAUUGAUAGGUUUGAAAAUUUCAGAAUCUUUGCGAAAAUAAUUGGAAUUGGGAGACGAAAUGCCGACCUGUUUCUAAUUUGUGCGCCACCCUUACAUGUACGAGUGUAGAUACAGGCAAAUUAGAUAAUAUUGAAAUAAUUGUGUCAUAAUAGUGUAUAUACAGAAUUUUGUUGAAUACUUUUAAGAGUUUAUAUCUAACUUUAGAAGGUUCAGAAAACUUACAUUUGCAAUAAAAUACGAACAACUUGCAAUGCAACUUA